AUUUAUUUUCAGUCGAAUGUUCAAAUCUGCUGCAAAUAAAUUUUUCAAAGAUUUGGAAAAAAUCUGCAUCUAUGAGGGCAUAAAUCGAUUGAAACAUAUUCGUUGUUUUGGUAUAUUCUGUGUCACACACUCUAUUCUAUUGGGUUAUUUAACCUAUAACCGUAAUGCAUUCGAACCAUUAGAAGAAAAGUUAAGAGGUUCAUCUAAGAAGCUAAGGGAUAAUCCUAAUUUCAGUAUUUUAUCAAAAUAUGAUUGGUAUAAAUCUUGGUCAACUAUGGUGAAAAAUACACAAGAAAAACUGCAUAUUAAUGAAAUGAAUUCUGUGUUUACAGGAUUGGCUGCUGUAUCCUGUUUAGUUCUCGGAUUUAUUGUCCCGCGUCGUUUAAUUCGUCAGAUGUCUUUAAUCGUCACAAAAAAUGACGCCACCGCCAAAAUUGAGAAAUACAUUGAAAUCAAUACAUAUGGAGCUUUUGGUAUAAGAGGGAAAGGUGUCACAUUUAGAAAACCUUUGAGUGAAAUAAAAUUUCAGUAUAAAUUACACGAAACUAACUUGUCUAGAUUAACGCUACAGAUGAAAAAUGUACCAAUUGUAUUUUUAUUAGAUUUAAAAGUGAAACAAUACAUCAAUGAAGAAGAAUUACACUGUCUAGUGUGUGACACAACCGAGGAGUAAAUAAUGGAAAAAUCACAAAACUUCUCUCUCUGUAUGUGUGCGUUUGUUCUACUACUCAGUGAUGAUUUGCAGCUUAUUGAAGCAUUUAACUAUAAUAGACGAAAAUUAUGUCAUCAUUGUGUAUACUUUCAUUUCCUAUUUUUACUGUUAGAUAUAUGCUUAGUGAUCACUUUAAAUAAUGUUAUAUAUUCAUUUUGACCGGGGAUACAAAAAUAAGUGUCAUCAUGUAAAAAUGUCUGAUCCUAUUUGUGUAUGAAUCUAGAAGUUGAUGUGCCUUUAAGGAUAUUAUGCUGAUGAGGAUUUAGCAGGAGCUCUGGUGUUUCCUAUUCAUUCUGACU